UAAAUAUUCCACUCUUACACUCCCUUUUCUUCUCAAUCUUCCUCCCAUUUCUCCGAUCGUCCGCCAUUGCCGGCCGCCGCAGCUCCUCGGAAAAUUUCCACCAUUAGGGGGUUUCUUGAAAACUCUUCCUCUUAGCUUUUGUAUGGCAGUGAGCUUUUUUUCGCAUGACGUUUCUGAUCUGUGUCUCGGCAAGCCCGCGCUGAGGCCGCUCUCCCUCUCCGCCACCGUCGCCGACGCCUUGCUCGCUCUCAAAUUCUCCGAAGAUUACUUCGUCAGCGUCUGGAGUUGCCGUCUCGCGAAGAACGGUUGCGGCGAUGGUACUUGUGGUGGUGGCGGUGGCGAUUUCGGGUGCUGCCGAUGCAUCGGGAAGCUGUGUAUGGUGGAUGUGAUUUGCUAUCUCUGUAGGGAGGAGAAUUUGUUGUCUCCUUCGGCCGCAUUGAGCGCUUCUGUCGCUGAAAUUUUGCCUCAAAUUCCUGCAAUCGUGAUGCACUUGGAGCCCUCUGCUAGCUUGUUAGAGGCCAUUGAUCUGGUUCUCCAAGGUGCUCAAAAUCUUGUUGUCCCAAUCAAGACUAAGCUAAGAAGAAAACAGCUCAAAAACUCCACAAAUGUGAUCCAUGGCGGCCGUGAAUUCUGCUGGCUGACUCAGGAAGAUAUAAUUAGAUAUCUUCUCAGCUCUAUUGGCCUCUUUUCCCCCAUGGCUGCCCUCUCCCUUGACACCCUUGGCAUCAUCUGCACCAAUCCCUUGUCAGUGAACUACCACUCCCCUGCCUCGUCUGCCAUCGGAGCCAUUUCCCGCUCCAUCGCCAACCAAACCUCGGUUGCAGUCGUCGAUGGCGAAGGAAUUUUGAUCGGUGAGAUCUCGCCCUUGGCCCUUGCUGGGUGUGACAAGGCUGUUGCAGCUGCGAUUAUGACCUUGUCGUCGGGAGACCUGAUGGCCUACAUAGACUGCGGUGGCCCUCCAGAGGAUCUUGUCAAGGUAGUGAAGGCUAGGCUGAAAGAGAGCAACUUGGAAGGAAUGCUGGAGGAAUUCACCAAUUCACCAUCCUCAGUUGGGUCUGUAUCUUUCACUUCUUCAUCAUCAGAUGAGGAAUUCUCGCCAUCGCCGAGCUCAAGAAAGUACAGAAGAUCAUCAAGCUACUCAGCACGGAUCACCCGUCGUGCAGAGGCCAUAGUUUGCCAUCCAAGGAGCUCCUUGGUAGCUGUAAUGAUCCAGGCGAUCGCACACCGUGUGAACUACGUCUGGGUUAUUGAAGAUGACUGCAGUUUGAUCGGAAUCGUCACAUUCCUUGAUAUGUUAAAAGUUUUCAGAGAACAUUUAGAGACAACUGAGUAGACUUUCAAGCCAUUUGGCUCAGAAAUUUUGUGCCCCCCCACUCCAUGUCUAAAAGAAUAAAACAUUCAAAAUCCAAGGUUGUGUUGUCAAAUUGAGACAAUUUGGGACACUCAAAUCACUUGGGUUCGUGUUGUUUGUGUUGCUUUGUAUGUCUAAACUUUUGGGAUCUGCUUUUUUUUGUUUCAGCCUUGUGUUCAGAAAGCUCAGGAACAGAGUAGACAAAGAUGGAUCUUUCAGUCCAA